AUGCCUUCCUCCCACCCACCACCAGUCAUCGAUCUUACGGGCGAUGACCAUGUCAUAUCAUCAUCAGUAUCGACAGCACUCAAUCCUGCUCUUGGUGGGGGCGAAGAAGUACGCCUUUGCAAUCCAUGUGUGCCAGAUCCAAACCCGAAUCCUCUUGACUAUGGCACUGUCCGGACACAUGCCCACCGAUCCACUCAUUCUCUUUCAUCCACUAUGGCCAACGUAUACCGUGCCUCAUCGGGUCCAAGCCAUCAUCCUGAAGCUCGUCAAGAACGACGAACUGUGGGUGCAAAUGAUCGACCACGGUUUUUGAAUGAACUGAACUCGCAACCCCGCCAAGUUCCCUCGGCCACUGGCAUAACCCGACCACGUCGUUCAUUUUCUAGCCGUGAGGGUAACCCGUCCCGUCGACCUGCACCAGACGAGGGUGAUUUCUGCCCCGUAUGCAGACGGCAAUUUCCUCCACUGAGUCCCGAGCAACCUCUUGAGGCACGCCAAGCUCACACCCGGGCAUGCAUCGAGGGCUACUUGACCCCCACUGCUCCGCUCAGCACACCGUCCAUGCAACAGGGAUCCCCACUACCACAUCCUCCAUCCGCAGCCCGCAUGCUUCCAUUUGUGGCCACAGAGAAGGAUUGCCUUGGCGAGGAUGGCCAGGCAGCAGAGUGCACGAUCUGUAUGGAGGACUACGAGGUUGGGCAGACCCUGGCCCGCCUUGAGUGCCUGUGCAAGUUCCACAAGCACUGCAUUGUUGACUGGUUUGAGAGGAAGAUGGAGUGCCCUGUCCACAAGCUCUCUUAA